CCCCCCCCCCCCCCCCCCCCCCCCCCCCCCCCCCCCUCCCCCCCCCCCCCCCCCCCCCCCCCCCCCCCCCCCCCCCCCCCCCCCCCCCCCCCCCCCCCCCCUCCCCCCCCCCCCCCCCCCCCCCCCCCCCCCUCCCCCCCCCCCCCCCCCCCCCCCCCCCCCCCCUCCCCCCCCCCCCCCCCCCCCCCCCCCUCCCCCCCCCCCCCCCCCCCCCCCCCCCCCCCCCCUCCCCCCCCCCCCCCCCCCCCUCCCCCCCCCCCCCCCCCCCCCCCCCCCCCCCCCCCCCCCCCCCCCCCCCCCCCCCCCCCCCCCCCCCCCCCCCCCCCCCCCCCCCCCCCCCCCCCCCCCCCCCCCCCCCCCCCCCCCCCCCCCCCCCCCCCCCCCCCCCCCCCCCCCCCCCCCCCCCCCCCCCCCCCCCCCCCCCCCCCCCCCCCCCCCCCCCCCCCCCCCCCCCUCCCCCCCCCCCCCCCCCCCCCCCCCCCCCCCCCCCCCCCCCCCUCCCCCCCCCCCCCCCCCCCCCCCCCCCCCCCCCCCCCCCCCCUCCCCCCCCCCCCCCCCCCCCCCCCCCCCCCCCCCCCUCCCCCCCCCCCCCCCCCCCCCCCCCCCCCCCCCCCCCCCCCCCCCCCCCCCCCCCCCCCCCCCCUCCCCCCCCCCCCCCCCCCCCCCCCCCCCCCCCCCCCCCCCCCCCCUCCCCCCCCCCCCCCCCCCCCCCCCCCCCCCCCCCCCCCCCCCCCCCCCCCCCCCCCCCCCCCCCCCCCCCCCCCCCCCCCCCCUCCCCCCCCCCCCCCCCCCCCUCCCCCCCCCCCCCCCCCCCCCCCCCCCCCCCCCCCCCCCCCCCCCCCCCCCCCCCCCCCCCCCCCCCCCCCCCCCCCCCCCCCCCCCCCCCCCCCCCCCCCCCCCCCCCCCCCCCCCCCCCCCCCCCCCCCCCCCCCCCCCCCCCCCCCCCCCCCCCCCCCCCCCCCCCCCCCUCCCCCCCCCCCCCCCCCCCCCCCCCCCCCCCCCCCCCCCCCCCCCCCCCCCCCCCCCCCCUCCCCCCCCCCCCCCCCCCCCCCUCCCCCCCCCCCCCCCCCCCCCCCCCCCCCCCCCCCC